CUGUCAGAGGGCUGGGGGGCUGUGAUAUGUCACAGAUGGGCUUUAAAGUCAAUAUUACAUUUUGAAUCGUACCGAUAACUCGCUGUUUUCCCUCACGUUGCGUCUUGAUUAGGAUAUCUGCACCUAGAAUAACUCGCAUGCUGGUUGGCUGAAAUACAAUCAUCCUAUCGUGGUGAACCAAACUCGCUAGAUCGAGGAGGAAGAGGAACUGAGCGCAUCUCCUCUGCACUCGCUGCCUUCAUUUCGUCAAGUAGGACGCUGUUCGACAAUAGCCGGAGCGGACUGUAGAGGCUGUGGUGGAGGCGGAUUAUUGCAACGAUGACGGGCAAAUCUGUGAAAGACGUUGACAGAUAUCAGGCUGUCCUCAACUCUCUACUGGCGCUCGAAGAGAAUAAAUACUGCGCUGACUGCGAAUCAAAAGGUCCAAGAUGGGCUUCCUGGAAUUUGGGCAUUUUCAUCUGUAUCCGCUGUGCUGGGAUUCAUCGAAACCUGGGGGUCCACAUCUCCAAGGUCAAGUCAGUUAACCUGGAUCAGUGGACGCAGGAGCAGGUCCAGUGUGUUCAAGUGAUGGGAAAUGCCAAGGCCAAACGUCUCUACGAGGCUUUCUUACCUGAGUGCUUCCAGCGGCCCGAGACAGACCAGGCUGCAGAGAUCUUCAUCAGGGACAAGUAUGAAAAGAAGAAGUACAUGGAUAAGGUCAUCGACAUCCAGAUGCUCAGGAAAGAAAAGAGUUGUGACAAUAUACCCAAGGAGCCAGUUGUGUUUGAGAAGAUGAAAUUGAAAAAAGACAUCAGCCCGAAGACAGAUACCCAGGCUGUUACAGACCUGCUUGGACUAGAUGGCCCUGCUCCAAGUCCUGCUCUGUCUAAUGCUGGAGGAUGUGUUCUUGACAGUAGUGAAAGUCCAGCUGUGUCUAAUCCACCUCUGGUACAUUCUGCCCUGGAUCUCUUCAGCACUCUGCCAAUACCCUCCUCUGCUUCCUCCACUAAAACUACAGCUGUUUCCAGCUCCAUGCCUCAGAGCAGGGUGACUGCAUCAGUACCUGAAAACCUCAGUCUUUUUCUAGAUCCUGUGCCCAAAGCAGAGGAGGGCACAGUCAAGAAAUUGUCCAAGGAUUCAAUCCUUUCUUUGUAUUCUUCCACCCCCUCAGUGCAUGCUAGCAGCAUGGCUACUCACACAGGCUUAUACAUGAACCAAAUGGGAUACCCAACGCACCCGUAUGGCCCUUACCAUUCUUUAGCCCAGGUAGGUCAAAUGGGAGGUACCAUGAUGACAUCACAGAUGGCCAUGAUGGGGCAGCAUCAGAACCCCAUGAUGGGUGUUCAACAAAACAGCAUGAUUGGAGUUCAACAGAAUGGCAUGAUGGGACAGCAGAAUGGCUUACUGGGGGCCCAAGGUGUCAUGGUUCAGCCUGCUGGCAUUGUGGCAUCACCCUACAUGACAGGGAUGACCCAGGGCGUGAUGGGACAGCAGCAAAGUGGAGUGAUGGUACAUCAGCAAAACUGCCUUAUGGGACAGCAGCAGAGUGGGAUGAGAGGACAGCAGCAGGCUGGAGGUUUGGCCACAUUACCCCACCAGCAAGUGUAUGGAGUGCAGCAAGCCCAACAGCUACAGUGGAACAUUGCCCAGAUGACUCAGCACAUGGCUGGCAUGAAUAUCUACAACACCAGUGGCAUGAUGGGAUACAGCAAUCAACAAAUGGGAGGUUCAACAACUCCUAGUUCAGUGCACAUGACAGCACACAUCUGGAAGUGAACUCAUCUUUCCAAAAAGUGAUGUAAUGCCAGUAACCCACAAAGGAAUUUGUGGAAUUGGAAUCUGUGGAUUAGACUUGCAAUGAGGAGGAGGAGGGGGCAGGUAUAAAGAAGGAUUAUUUGGGGAACCACUAUUACCUCUCUUCCUCUCUCCUCUCGGCCCAUGCGUUCCCUUUGUGUCUAAUCCAUGGCUGUGUUAUGCAGAUAUUCCUGCUUGCCUUCAGAACAACUUCAUAUGAAGCCCUAAACAGGGUUCAGAGCCACCCGUUAGGACUCCCCAUCUUUCUUUGUACCCUCUUUGUAUCUGCCGUAUGUGGGUGUUCACUAACUGCUUGACUUAAAAGAACAGUGUGUGUUUUUUUAUUGGAUUUUACAGUUUUUCUUACUUAAUCAGAGUCAAAAAAUGCAUGAAUGCAUUUUCUAUCUCUUUGGGUAGUUUAAAGGUACAGUGAUGGCAGCCUAGCUUUACUUCAUUUGUUUUUGUGCUUGAAUACAUGUUUUAGAACUAGUAUUUCCUCUAAAAAGAGCAAAAUAUUUCUCUUUACUAUUUUAUUAUUUUAUUUUUUGUAAAUUCAGUAUUACCAGUGUUUCAUAACAGAAUCUCAACAGACUGUUGAUUAAGCUCUAACCCUCUCUUUUCUUGACAUGGACCAUCAAUUUUGCAGAAAUACCAAUUACCAGAUUUCCUUAGCUAGCUAAUGUUAGCUCAGUGAGUUAGUGGAAAACCCCAUCUCAGUCUUUGUUGGUGUUACAAGCUAACCCAUUUUUAAAUAACAACUCUCAAAGGGGGUUUCAAAUAUGCACUUGAUGGCUACAUAUAUGAUACCACGCUAAAAGAUAUCAGACAAAAAAUUCAAAUUUUUAAUCAGGCAGUCUUGGGAUUGUAAGUAGUGGGAAUAGUUUGCUCUAACAUAACCCUGUUUGCUUGAUUAGCUCCAGUAUUUUGACAAGCAAGACAAAGGUUAGACUGAAGCUUUAUUGUUAAUUUUGCAGUAAGUAUGAUUUUUAACAUUACUAGAGAAAGUGCUUUAUGACUGCUGAAGAUUCAAUGUCAGGUAUAAUGAACAGUCAUUAGCUGCAUUAGAGCUGCAACCAUAUUUGCAAAGGAGCAUCUACAAUUUUUAUUUUCAUUCCACUAUCAAGUAUAUGCGGCUUUGCCUAAAAUAUUUUGGGUGAAGUUUCAUUUUAAAGUUAUUUCCAUGCUUCUGAUAGGAGCAGCUGAUACAGUAUUUAAUCUAAAAUUAACAUUCAGGAAUCAAGCUAGGCAAGGCUGCUGACCCCAGUUCCCACACCUUCAAGCUGCACAUUUGUCUGGCUCUGUUUAAGUAGGAAAAUUAGUAAAACUGCACAGAAAUUCAUGUAUCCCUAUUGAAAUAAUUAAGUUAUUCUAGCUGUCUAACAUUAUUAAAAAUUAAGCAAUCCCUUUAUAUGUUAAGUUCCCCAGUCCUCAUUGUCUCACAAGCUACAAAACAUACCUAAACAGCCCUUAAUUACUGUGUGAUGUCUUCUAUUCAGUUCAUGGAGGACUUCUUUUAGAGUGAAUAUCUAAUCUUGAUGUUAAAUGUCUAAAGUCCUAAAGUGGAUUUUAGGAGACCAAAGAUCAACACUAGCUUUAUUAUGGUUGUACAGUGUUCCAGUAUGCAUUACUGUACAUCCACUUAACUAGUGAUUAGUAGAAACAUCGAUUCAGCAGUCCUUUAACAGUAUGUUUGCUCUUAAUGUUAACUGUGCUUUCCUCAGCAGGGUUGGGAUGUAAAAAAAAAAAUCACUUGCAUGCAGUGUCAUGAUGUAAAUGCUCACACACCUCAAGUUAAGAGUCUACCUGCUACAAUAGAGGCCUCAAAUAAUGUUGAAUGUCUAUAAAUGAGAGAAAUUUGAGAAAGAGGUGGGAACAAAGACAAAGGAAAAGUUCAGUUGCGUUUCAGAAGGUUCCACUGAAUUGCAUAAGGAGAAUGUCUUCACUGUCCUAGCUCUGAUUGUAUUUAUUGUAUAGUACCGAUACUGAAUGUGGAUCUCUGAAUGUUUCUCUCCACCCUACAGGUCAAUCAGUCUCUGACCACAACCAACAAAAAAUCUCUAUGAACGUGUGUCCUGAAUGUGUUCACAGCUACACUGGAUUUGUUUUGAAUGCUCACACCUGAGUACUGUCAGGGUGUGUUUAUUUUAUAUAUCCUUAAUUAACAUACACUUGCGUCUUUCAAAUGUUCUGUGGUCAACAGUGACCCGUCGGUUUUUGGUGAAUUGUUGAAUAUAUACAAGUUUUACUGUAAAUGUCUUACUGUCAAGUUGGGAGCAAACUGUGACCAGGCUGAUACAGGUCAUCAAAGGGUGUUUACAACUUGGACCAAACCACAUUGUCAAGAGAAAAGCAAUUGUAUGACCGCAAUCUGACACCUCUCAA